AGAGCCUUUACCUUGAAGCUAGUGUUUACAGUUCUAUCAAACAUGUGUAAUCACUUAUGCACAUUGUACUAGCUUAGAUUUCACUUCUGUUCCAAGUCGAGGAUCGCGAAUAUGUCAGAAGGCGUUUUUACUUCGUUGCACGGAGUUUUAUCUAUCUAGCGUGAUUGUAGCCUUCAAGAACCAUGCGAAUUAUGUCUUCUUUAAAUGAAUCACACGUGUGGAAAGCAAACCCACUUGCUGUCGCAAAUAUUAUGCAGACUUAAAGUACUUCUAAAUUUGCUUUGGUGUUGUAAAUCUCUUAACCUUGCUGUUAAACCUCUUCAGAACCGUAGAAAUCACUGCGUUGAGACGUACCAUUUGGUGUUUUUGGAACAAACGGGAUACCAGAACCUACCUCAUAUUUUUCAAGGUUUGCUUCUCACCAAGAAAGUACGGAGAUUUCGUGUCUUCAACAACUGCGAUGCAGUACCGAGGAUUUGUGCUUAUUCUAUGGUCGGCAGUUAUUUAUUCUGACUUUGGAGGAUGGCGGGAUGUUGGAUUUGUAAGCGGUCUUCAGCCAAAUAGCGAGAGACUCUUCAAACUCAAUAGCUUGAGAGACAGUUUACCAAAUACGCGACUGCGUGCUCGCCGGGAGUUAAGCCGACUGCGACCCCGGGGAAAAUAUAAGUACAACCUGAAGAAGACAGCCAUUCGGCAUGCACGGAAUAGAAAUGCCUUGUGUUUAGGUAAGAUAAAUAAGUCGUUAUUUCAGCGAGGGCGUUCUUUUUGUGUUUUGAUUCGACGGGUAGAAUGUACUGACUGAAUCGUGGCAUAAUGCGCGUAUGCAGCUCCUACCUUUUACCCGGGGGUCGAAUUUCAAUGUUUGGGAUUGAUUGUGCUUUUAUGCCUUUGCUUAUAUAAGCUUUUCAUUUCUACUGGGUCAUUUGCAGCAGUGUCUUAGCACAAGUCUCUUCUGCACUAAGACAUUUGUAACUGAGAGUACCCUGGGGGAUAGUUUAAGGUUUUGUGCGGCGGACUUAGCACUUACAACGUAUUGAAUGAACAAAGUAAACUGCUUUGAUCUUGAAAGGAAAGUGCUUGUUGACGUCUUCCUGGUUUGCAUUUGUGUUAAAAAAAUCAAUUGUACAGCAUUUGCAGCGUUGAUUAGGUCAAAGCUGUACACAGUCAGAAAUGUAUUAGUCUCUAAUAUCUUCGAGUUUUACGCUUCCUUUUAGUGUGCGUACGCGCGAGUUAUGGAUAUUCCAAAGAUGUCUUUGUUCUUUGCUUUCUAAUUUAUGCAUGCGCGAGCGGCGAACACUUUGUAGAUUGAAAACAUCCGUCUGUUUUGUCUUGCUGUUGUUAGAGCGUGAAAAAUGACUGUCAUUGGUAUUACUUUAAGGCAUAUUUAUCAACUGACUCUAUUGCUAAAGAGCUCAAUCUCCGUAAAUAUCCAUUGUCUACCGCCAAAGUAGCAAAUUGUCGGAAUUCGCGCUUUGAUGGUUUUUGGCAUUUUAAACUUGUGUUUUCAAUUUGCGGCUAUUCAGCUUAAUGGAUUUUGUACUCAAUAAGAUUUUGUGCCGAAUAAAUUUUUUGACAAUCCUAAGGCUUUUCAAACUUUUAUUAUGUGAAAUUUACGGCUAGUCUCAAGAUUACCAGCCCAUUUUCUGUUAUGAUUGCAGCUGCUUUAUAGUUUAUUUCUUUAGUGAUUAAUGAUUCGAGAAACAGCUUGAAAAGUCGUGUAUACUUCUGGGUGCAUAUAGAUCAGAUGUUCUUGAUGUGAUCAAUCUGGAAAUUCAAUCAAUUUUCCCAUCUUGACGCCAGACGGUGUGCGCGCUGACCACGGCUGUAGAUGACAACGCCGAUUCAAAUCAAUAACUCGGAUUUCCAAUUGUAAAACAUAUUUUCUCAAUAAUAACAAUAAUAAUAAUAAAUGUUUUUUUACUCUAAAUAUUGAUAUGCUUUGUUCAUUUGAAUAAGUAACUUAAGUCCUACACUGGCUGCAAGCUAGUUAAACCUUGUGCAUUUCAUGUUGAUAAUGUGUCAUAUUCUUAACAGAUGGUUCUGAAGCAGUCUUUUACCUGAGUCGCAAUCCAGAUUCAAAGCACUGGGUUGUUCAGCUGCAGGCUGGUGGUUCAUGUGGCACAUAUGAUUCAUGCUUAGAUCGAUCAAGAAGUUUGUUGGGCUCUUCAAGAAACUACUCCGAUUUUAUGACAGGAACAUUUGUUGCUUCUGAUGACCCAGGAGAGAAUCCCAUGUUUUCAUUAUGGAAUAAAGUAUUUGUGCCGUACUGCAGGUAUGUACCUACUUGUAAAGGUAUAAACCCUCUUACAAUAGGCUUUAUUACAUCAAAUAAUUCAGGCUACUCCUGUUAUUGUGGACAGCUUUGGGAAUGUAGUAUUAAUGAUUCAUGGUCAGGGGUUUACGGAUGAUAUUUCUUUGAAAAUAUAAUUUUUGAUUAGCAGUGUAAAAUGCAUUCUUGAUUUAUAUAUACUUUCUUACCAAUGUGAACAUAAAUAAGAAUAUUUAUAGACACAGGACAGGCAACCUUCCUCAAGGCAGCAAUUCCAAUUAGCUACAGUGAAAAAAGCUGCAUAAAAAUUGAGGAUUUUUUUUUUUUUUCAGUGGCGAUGUGUUUGUUGGUAGACGUGGAAAAGACAAAAAUGACUAUCGAAUGAACAUGUUCGGACAUUUUAUCAUCAAAGCUGUAUUUUUACAGCUGAUAGAGGACUACCCCAUAAAAAAUCCUGAGACAAAGGUACAGUGUAUAUAACAACAGCAACAUCAACUUUUUUACAGCUUUUAUUAUUAGUUACAAUGUCUGUGGCCUGCAAAAACUUUUGGAACUCCCAAAAACUUAACAGGUAUAACAGCCUGGAUUAUCUCUUUCUUGCUUUGCAAAACUGCAAUUUGAUUGGUGGAUUAUGUACAGUACUGUACCUGGAAUGUAUCAUUGCCUUUAUAGAUCCUGUUUGGUGGUGCAUCCUCUGGUGGACUAGGCAUGUUAGCCAACAUUGACUUUAUUCAAAAGCUUGUUCAACCUGCUGAGGUAUAAACAUGUAUUUUGCAUUGAUUUGUAAUAUUACACAUGAAUAAAAAGUUAUUAUUAUUAUUAUUAUUAUUAUUAUUGUUUUAAUGAUUGUGAUUAUUAUUACCAGGCAAUGACAAAAACAAUAUCUGCUUAUGAUCAAUAAAGUUUUGUUGUUGUUUUUGUUCUUGUUGUUCAAUGACGAGUGCUCAGACCACUCUGAUCUUUAAUUGGUCACCUGAUCAGAAGCAUGAUCAAGUGUACAGUUUAGUUAAAAUCAAAGAGUAACAUUUUUUCAAUUGAAUGAAAAACUAUAUGCCAAAUUGCUCCAGAUUGAAGUGAAUACCGUGAUAGACCAUAAUUUCUUGGUAAAUAGUAGUAGGUAUAGGUUAUUGUACGUGAUGUGCUCUAGCAAAGCCUGCCCAGUGGCUCCUGCAGAGUGUGUAACUGUUACUCCUAGGUGACUAAAAACACCAAAGUUUUUUCAUAGAUCGUGCUGACCCCCCUGAAAUUCACAGGUUCAGAGCACUAGGCUCCCUUCAAGUUUUCUUACAGCACAGCCUUUAUUUUAUUUUAUUUCAAUGUCAAUAUCCUCAGCAUCAGAUUUGUCACUGAUCAGUUUUGCUGGAUCAGACUCUACUUUAACUUGGCAGGGAGGUGAUAAAAGAAAGAGAAAAAGGCAAGAGGGGUUGGGGGGGUGGAGGGGUGAUUAUUUUAAAUAUAUCUUUCUAAAGGGGGGUCAUUAUUCUAGGGAGGCAAUUAAUCAAGGGAAGGCUAUUAUUCGAGGAAAUGCAGUAAUUUUUGAUAGGGUAUCACCACAUUUUUGCUCUCACACAAAUUAUUGAUUUUUUUGUCAGAUAAGAGGUUACAAUGAUGGAGGAUGGUUCACUCUCUAUCCUAAUUUUGGUGAAACAGCAAAUACAGGGUUACCAUUCUUCUUUAAAGUAUUAGGAUACGUAAGUCUAUAACAUGCCACAUUAAUUUAAUUAUUCGGGUAGUGGUUUAAACAGUCUUCGAACUCAGGACCAGUGCAGGGCACUGCCUGACCCUCACCACUCAGCCAUGCAUACUGCUUCUAAAUAAGUACAGUGAACAGUUGGAAUUAUGGGUUCCCUAACCCUGUUUUUUUUUAAGUUACUUUUAAACGCAGCAAGCUUCGUCAUAUUACUUGCACAUCAAUGCAGACCUGUGAUCAAACAUGCGUAACAAUUUAAAAUUGCUUAACAGUGAUCACUCUCUGAGACAAACAGAGAUGGAAGCAACCGGCACCAAGUGCCCAUCUUGUAGAGGUGUCACCUUUCACAGAAUAAAAGAACUAUAGAACUAGAGAGUGGCUGCAGUGAGAAGUUCUGGGUGCCGGCUGUUAUAGAGAUUUCCAUGUUUAAAUAACAGAGCUAUAGGUUACUGACUGUUGGGAAAAAAAACACCCCAUUUUUCUUUGAUUGUGGUUUUAGUUUAGUUUUUGAUGGCUUUCACAGAUAAAAUGUAAAGAUGGUCCUGAUCAGGUAACAAUCUACUGUAACUUUACGGUACAUAUCCUAUACAAAGGAAGAACUUAAAUAGUGAUGGUUUGAUUACUAGCAACUGCAGCUUUCUGCAUCUUCCUGUUCUAUCUCUUUUUAGAUGUUUCACACUUUGUGGGAUGGCUUUGUUGAUGAGUCAUGCAGAGCUAAUAUGCCCAAGGCAGAAGCUUGCUUAUAUGGAGAAUUAGGCAUGUAUUAGUCUCGUCGAUAUACUGAAGAUAAAAUUUAAGACUAACUUAAUGCGUUUAGUGUAAGUUAGGAACCUUUAACUGGUCAAAGGUUCGGCUUAACAUGUAAGUUUACCUCUUGUCUUUUGUCACGACGGUUAGCACUUCCUCGAGGCUGUACAUCGAAAUCAUUUUCUUUAUUAUCCACGUAUUUUAUCUUAGCACUAGACGAUUUGAGAUCUAGAAUUUUCGGAACAUUUGUUGUAAAAUUUCUUGCUUGCCUGCCUCUGCUAGGAUUUUCGAACAAAUAAAAAAUAGUAAAAUUGAUCAUUUUCAACGGAUUUUUACCCUAAAAAGGUCACCUAGAAUUUUCGGGAGCCUUUUUUCUGGCUGAAAUUUUCGAUCAGGUAAGUUUUGAUCCCUAUAAUUUUCGGAUCACUAGACUUUCAGCUAGGAAAUCCGAACAGAUGAAAAAUUUAUAGGGGAUAAAAAUAUGCCCAUAUCCACCGUUUAAAUACUAAAACACGUUUAACAAUUCUAUGUUUAAGUGGUUUUCAACUAUAUUCUCGUUGGGUGCCCCUGACAAGUCCAAAUUAAAUGUAGGUAAACCUAUAAACCUCAUACAAAGCAGCCACGAGUAAACUGGUCGGCGGCGUCAAGUGGUGUGAAAUUUACAAGGAUCUAAUUGUCCCAAUACUAAGGACCUUAACUAAACAAUGUAAUCAACAACUCUGAAAAGAAAUACAUUUUUCCCAAUGUACAACUUGUGAUAAAACUCUUGACAAUUGCUUCUAAGUUCUUUCACAUUUCAUCUUAUCCGCGUGCAUACAGUGUAUGUACCCCGGCAUAAUUUAUGAAAAGACAAAAAUACAAAUUCUCUUGAGACCUACAUUGGGAAAACGAACAUACAAGCCAAAGAGGUCUAUUAGACGACGUUAACUCUUUAAGUGCAAAGGAUGACCAACUUCAGUUGUCUCCUAACAAUACAAUAUCCAUACAUUAUCGAAAGAAAAGGUUACGAAAGGUUCUAAAAUUAUCACCAAAGGGAAAAUUCUUUCAUUAUGUUUUAGCAAAUCCGUUCAACUAAUUCUUUAAGGAAAUACAUUGAGUCUGGAGAAUAUUUCCGUGGAUAUUGGAACUAACUUACGCUUUAUGAAAAAACUGACAACUUUUCAUUGGAAGGAAAAUUUUGUAGUCUGUAUCUAAAUAACUCCUCAAAUGGACUUACGUUUGAAAAUAAUGAAGUACCUCGGACGAUUUUGACGCCUUACAAACAUUUAUCGGUCUACUUCAAACGAAAGGUAAUAACACUGGAGAUCUUUUUUUUUUCUUUUGCAGUUUUCAAGUAUUUAUCGGCGCCAGUUUACGUAUUUGUGGCGCAGUGGGACUCUUAUCAAUUACAACAACUUGUUCAUUCACAAUUUCCCACAAUGAGACUUCCGCCUGAGCUCCCAAGUGAAGCAGAAUAUCUUGGCAAGUUUGGUAAAAAUACUCACAGGUCCCUAAGAAGGGUAAGCUACAGGCAAGCCUUUUUCUACAUAAUACAUUGUUGUUACAUUACUUACAUAAUAUAAUACAGAUCUGUCUUACAUGCUACAUUUUACUUGGUUACACUGCGUUAAAAUUAGCUUGUUACAUGUGAUGACUUUCAAAGCUACAGAACUAGAACAAAAACUAUUUCCGAAGUAGUUUAGUAUAUCUGAGUACUUGCAACCUCGCGCACACAUCCGCACCUACAUGUAUGUAGGUGUACACUGUACUGAUUAUCUUCCGAGAAUUGUCAAAACAGCCUCUAGAAAAUAGCGUGAUUGCUGUUCUCCUUAUAUCUCGACAGACAACAAAAAACAACAAAUUUUAUUGAAUCGAAAUUUUGAGAAAGACUUAAGAUUAUUUUCCCGGAUAAAGGCUCCCCAUUUUGCAUUAAAUUUUCUCAAAGUCUCAGUUUUACCGCAUAACGUCUGUCAUGGUCAAGACAAUUUAAUAUGGUUCGAAAAAAGAAUUUUCUGGAAGGGCUAAGGAAUUUUGUUUGAAGAAAUGGAAGUGAUACCUCGCGACUAAAAUUGCAUGAUAAAAAAGCAGGUUUGUAGUAUCGUUCACGGAGCCUAUGCAAAACACAAAAGAAAAUUCCCCGUUGGGAAACCAAGAACUGUUUUUCAUCCGGUUACCAAUUUCAUUCCAAACCAAUUUAGCGAAGCAGCAUUCCCAUAAAGGUGCUAAAGAGUUUGCGAGCGUUCUUUGCAGAAGCAACAUUGCUCACUGGACGUGAUUCCAAUUGUAAAAAGGAAAUAGUUCGUUGUUGCAUGGUAGAAAUGCCAGGGUAUAAGGCUUAUCCGAGUCUAUCGUGUCAAAGUCACCAGAGUUACAAUCCGUCAGCCAUUUUCCUGACGUUUGUAUUACAAGGGAUAGAGACGCUUUAAGUUAGAAAUAUUUUUUAAGCCAGUUGUCAACAGGCUUUUGGUGUCGGUUUUAGCACUUUUCAUUUGCGGACAAUAGUUUUUGCGUCAGUUUAGAUUCGAGAUAGCACAUUCCACUCCGUGAUACUACAGAAAGUGAGCUUUUAACGCAUGAACGUUUGCUUGAAAGUAUCAAAAGUUAAAAAUUGUGAAUGCUCUUCCAAAAGAUCACGUAUGAGGAAAAUACCUACCCAAGGCCAGUUACGAUAAUAGAUAGGCUUGUUGUGGAUACUUAUAAGCAGGCCUUACCAAAGCCGACAGCAGGCUGUGUCAUUCACAUCAAUAUUGAUGAUAUUAACAUUAUCAAAUUAUUAAUAUUUGCAGGUCAUCAACAGCCAAAAAGAUGGUGUGUUUUCACCGGCCUGUUUCAUGCAUUCAUUCUCUGUUGAUAAUCUUACGUACGAUGCCCGGACGAUGGGCUGUGAAAUUAACGGUAAGACACUACGAAACGAACGUUUAUUGUAACAAGAAGACAAAAAACGCAGAGCGAUCUUUUAACGGCUAAAUGGUAUGUCAACGUUUCAUAAAAUUGGUGGGUAUUGAAGCAUUUUUAAAACUAAAUAUGUUGUGGCUCUCCCAAAAAAUUUAUAUCACAUUCUAGGGAGGUUUUUAUGUAUUUUUCCGGUUUUUUUCUUUUUUCGGGGGAUGAAGGCCAAUGCAAAAAAAAAAAAAACAAAUGUAAAUUGGAACUGCUCAAAAGCUUCGUUAUGAAGAAAAGACAUGCAUGAGUUUAUUGGCUUGAAUGACGUUAAGCUAGAGGAGGCAAUAGGGGAAAAGCUGCCUGGAAUUAGGAUCUACAAAUAUCGCACUUGGAAUCUGAAUAUGGAUUAUGUUAUUAGCAAGCUGAACUGCAGAAUAAACUUGCUCAAAAGGUAAAAAAAAAUCUUUGGACUGUAGGAAAUUAUUGUAUAAUUCCCUCAUUAAACUAAUUUAAUACUGCUGUACGGUAUGGGGAAACUUUUUCAAGGAACAGUUGGACAGAUUGUUACGAUUACAGAAACGCUGCCCCAGAAUGAUACUAGAUGCUAAUUUUGGGGAUAACUCCGUAAUGUUAUUUACUAAAUUAGGUUGGCUUCCAAUUGACGGUAUCAUUCGUACAAGAAAACUAUCUCUUCUCCACAAAAUCUAUAAUGGCCGUGGCCCGGAAUAUCUUUCCCCUAAUGUUAACUAUGGCAAGAGUAGCCAUGAUUAUAACACGAGAACCUCAAGAAGAAAUGAUCGUAUCUCGCCUAAGUGCAAGAAAAAUUCAGGCCUCAGAACAUUCCUUUCCAGUGCCACUCGUCUGUGGAACAAAACCGAACCACGGCAUCUCUUAGAGACACGCUUUCACAGAAGCGCUUUUUAACAGACCUCCAAAGGAAAACUGCAUGAAUUUUAAUAUUAAGUAAAUUUAUUAAUUAUUUUAUUAAUAAUUAUUCUAGUUUUUGAGUUUUCUUUUAGACGAGCUUAGGGAGAGCCAUUAUGUAAACUACCGAGUAUUGGUGUUACCCUGGUUGAAAAAAUUGUUAUUAUUGUCUGGUGGGCCUUAGCAAGUUCGGCUGUUGGUACAAAGAAUAACGCAAAUUUCAGGCUUUUUCUCGAAAAGCACAAAACGUUCUGCAUUUUUCCGGCCAAACUAUAAUUUCAUUCUCUUCUAUACAACAUCAAUUAACGAUAGAAUGCUUAUUAAAUCUAACCGAGCCGAGCCCAGCCUAGGCCUCCAGAACUUAACAGACUGCUCCGUGUCCCUUGUGAAACAAAGAAAGAUGUGUCUAGAGUUAAAUUCAUGGUCUCCUCUCGACAGGCAAAACACCAUACAAGGCGUUUACAGAAUGGUUUGUGAGCAAUGGAACACGAGGAACGUAUGUAGAGGAACCUGGCGAUAAACCUGAAUGUAACCCUUCGUGCUGCUCCAAGCUUUGUUUAAAGUGCCGCAAACCCAAGCCAACAGUCAGGGUAAACAACGACGACGCCGCUCAAACGGUCUUAGAAAAUGGUGGGUUAUAUCUGUCAGUGUUCACCGAAGUCGGACGUUCAGCCCGAUUUCGGUUGUAAACUAUUGUCACCAUUGCGCUUCUUGGGAAAAAAAACGGGCAAGCGUUUCCUCUUCUCCCCUCCCCUUCCCUCCCCCCCCCUUCCAUUUUUUUUUUUUUUUUUUUUUUUUUGCUCCCGCUCUAGCAACUCGACUGGAAACGCUUGCUACGCAGGCUAUCCUGCUAUAGAAACAUCUAACUGGUGCUUAUUAAUUGGGCCUUUUAUCGGAGAUGAACUUCGUAAGUCGACCAAAGCAGUCGUAGCAGAAAAUUUUAACCUUGAUUUAGCUUCUAUCAGACAGCUCGAGCAAGUGUAUGCCCCAACUGGAUGUUAUUCUCGGACACACCAUCACGGUCAAUCCCAUCGAGGGGGCAUCUUUGAAUUUGAAUUUAAGCAAAAUUUAAGGUACCGUGAACCAUUGCCUUACUAUUGUGUGUCUUUGUCUCCCUCGCAACUACUAAGGGAUUUUACUGUUCUGUCUUGCUCAACUGACAAGGCGCGGUGUAGUCUGUCAAUGACACACUUACCUGAUGGUCGUGCCCGCCGGACAGUGUGGACUGCUUGUAGAACCUACUCCCCUCGGCAUUUAGAACGUUCCAUAAAAUAUUGCGCACGUUGAAUUUUAAUAUCACUGUAAAGCGCAAGUCAGUGUUUAUCCGUGUUUGUUAACAUUCGUUUUGUGACCUGUCUUCAGGUUCAGCUUCUUCCUUACAGGCGGCACUCCAGACGUGGAUCAUGGUUUGUUUGGUAUAUAUGUUAACGAGCUGGAGAGAGAAUGUUCGUUUAUGACAGACAAGCACAACAGCGUUUUGCUUAAACGCAAUUUAAGACCCGCUUUGGAUUGUUGGUUUAUAUUUACCACAUAAAUGCUGUCAUCGCCUGAAGUCUUUGGAUCAAGGGAUCAAUCAUUUACGUAACGCUAGCAGUCAAUGCGGUUUCACAGCUUGCUAUGACUAAACAAGAAAAAUCCUUUUAUCCGGCAUACAUGGGAUUUCUCAAUUACAUCUUACUCAGUGUGCUAACAUUUAGGAGUAACAAAACAUCCUCAGUGCUACAUCGAGCAGUCGAUAAACUACAGACUGAGAGUCAAACAAACAUACUCAACAUACCGAGCAUUUCAAAUCUCCAUACCAUCUGAUAUGAUUAUAUAAGCUUAGCUUAGCUUCAUUCAGCCUAGUUUCCAGUUAAAAAGUAUAAAGCCCUGGAAACGAAGUCAAGCCUUGUUACUUGUGAAUAAACAUAUCGCCCCAUCAGCGCCACUUCCUAUAUGACUCACUCGAGUUUAUUACUAUUAAUCGAGGACGAACGCAGAUUGGAUAACACUAUCCUCCUAAUUAUAAACUCAAAGCCCAGCCUCCAGUUAUUCAAAAGGUGGAUAGCGCUAUCCACCGGCGGAUACAUCAUAAUACAUCGAAUAGUGCAAUUAAUUUCCUCAAUACAUUGUUCACUAGAUAGCGUUUUAUCCGGCGGAUAAAUCAUUAUCCAUCGGAUAGUGCAAUUGGUUUUCCUAAUACUUGUUCACUGGAUACCGAUUUAUCUUGUGGAUAGCACUAUACAUUCAGACCAUUUUUUGAACAACCGAGGCCAGGGAAACAUUAUAAUUAUUCUGUGCAUCAAACCAAGGGUUUAUUUAUUUGCAGCACCAUACACGUAUGGAAGCACCCACAAAAUCUAACAAGAUUGAGUAAGGAAAAAGAACAAAUGAAGUUCCAGUAGAGGUUUCGAAACUGAACAUAAUGACAGCACACGCAUAUAGCCGUUUCAUUUACUCGUUGGAUUUAUUUAUUUUCAUUUUUAAAACUAGAAACAAUGAACAAUUCCAUCAGGCGGCAAAUUGGAAAAAAUUACGCUGAUGCUGCAAAUGAAUCCACCAUUGAUAGUACUGGAUUUCAGGUGCACUGAUCAUACUGUGACAUGCUUUGUACAUUAUACACAACUACUUUAGGCUAAAAUUGUUCAGUUAAUACCAUUGUACUCAGCGACUAGAAGGUGUAACGGUAAUUAAUCUUCAGAGCAGGCCUCUGGGAGAUCAGUUUCUACUCACAGUACUGUAUUUUCUAUAUAAGAUGAAGCAAAUAAAAUACAAUAGGUAGGCGGUAAGCAUUGAAGUCUCUGCUCUGUUGUAAUCUUAUUUUUUUGUUUUUCCUGGUGUGAUUAGUAACAAUGUGUCCUGAAUAUUGAACCGGUUGGAAACCGGUUUCGUACCCAGAGCCAUGAUCCACGGAUCAGGCAGCCGUGGCGCUGACCAAAAGAAUAAAUGCACUGGGGACGAGAAUCGUUUUAUUAGGGUUGUCUUCAGUUCUGCAGUAACUGUUCCUGUUGAAUUGUCUGCUGAUUAUUACAGUAUGUUUACUGUGACUCCUAGGGAGUUCCAGUAGCGAGAGAGACAACAGUAGCCUCUUAUGUGUAUGCUGCUGCAUAAUAAGCCUGUUCUAUCCGUUAAGUCAAUGGGAGUGUCAAUUCCAUGUUUUCAUUCGCGUCCCCAGUGUUACUCGGCUUUGUUCGCAACCAAUGGGUGGAAGAGAGUGUGACCAAAAGAAACUAAGGGCCACUUAUUUAAACAGAGGUUAGCCAGUGUUUAACGAAACCGCGUUCUAAGGCAUUUUCAGUUAACCCAAUGCUUUUAUCGUGAACAGCCUUACUUCAAGGCAUAAGUCGCAGAAUAGAGAAGCAUUUAUCUUUUUAAAAUAUCCCAUCACGGACAAGAUCUGGAGGUCCGGCAUAGACUUGCUAAAUCUUGGCCUAAGUUAGACUUCGUUUAAAUAACCAUCCCUAAAGGUUCUAAGGCGGAGAAUGCGCAUAAUUUAGAGGGAAAUAAGUAUAUCUAGUGAGUACUUCAGAUUCAGCUUCUAAAAUGAUGGGUCUUUUGAAUCAGUGUCGAGCCUUUGCCGGGCCUUCCCGGAUUCGACUACUGCGGUCUAGUUGAUACGAUCUAAAUAGAACUUCCCCGUACUCCCUUCAGUAGCUCCUGGCCGGAUCACCAUAUUAAUGAUAUACAGUGAAUUUGAAUUUACAUUCAAGGCAAAAGGACUAAAACGUCGGCGCAACUCCAUUUUAUCGUCUAUAGUUAUUCCUGACAGAGCACAUUUUUUAACAGUUUUCUUUUUUCGCUUUUCUUGUUGCUGUUGUUCAGUGUUGUUUAUUGGAAAUGCUUGGUUAGGACCACCCUUUCAUCUCAGAAUAUGUCACUGAAUUGCGAACCAGCAGGGGUAUUCAGUUGCAGAAAGAAGAACGCUGAAUGCAGAAUGUAGAACCCGGACGGAGGGGGAUACUCCGCAUAUGAAAGGGAUGGGGAUGCUCGUCGUCUCGCUUAGGGGUGUAGCCGUGAAGGUCUCGUGUAGGGUUGCACGCGAAAAAAUAUAUAUUUGAUAUGUAUAUUUUCAAUUCGUUUUAUUUACUCCAUUCAUAUAAUCCAAGUUUUCUCAUUUGUCUGUGUUUUAACAUGGUCUCUUUUAGGGGUCAAAAAAAGCUUGGGCCACGCCCAGAUCGGUCUUCUUUAGGCGUUUAAUUCAAAAUUUCCGACGAGCAUCCCCACCCCUUUCAUAUGCAGAGUCCCCCCCCCGGAUGUAGAACCCCAAAUGACUCUGAAGUUUAGUCAUUAGGGUUAGGAAACUGAGUGGAGAUCAGUGAAUCAGGUUCCAUUUAGAGUCAGUUUGACGGGAAAAUUGGCCUGAAACUUGAUUCACUCAGUUUCCUAACCCCAGUCACCAAACUUCAGAGUCAUUUGGCGUUAUGCAUUCUGCAUUCAGCGUUCUGCUUUCUGCAAAAUAUAUACCCUUGUCGAUAACAAACAAGUUAUAUCUUUGGCCCGGCGACUUCGUAGACUCGGUUGCAACACACCAGCAUUUAGUAGUCCACAUGAGGGUUUCUCAUGGUAGCAAGAUAAACUGCUAUCUCACGGAGCGAAUCAGGCAUCAUGCGCGAAAUUGUCAGCUAACAACGUUAUGAAAGGCGUAAGGGACUGUCAGCAAAUUAAAAGCGCCUGUGAAGAAAUCCUAGAGAGACAAAGAUUUGCGAACUAUUUUACAGCCCGGCUAAUCCAGAAUGUGAAAUCAUCGCAAUAACAAUAAUAACGCGUGUUUGCAAGACAGUGACAUUUUAGAAAAAAUUCCUCAGGGGAAUUGUGAUUGUGUAAAUAUAAUUAUGAUAACAUUUCUAACUUGAAAAUAUGCAAAUUUUAACGAUAUCGACUUGCACAUCAGCCAUGAAGUUCAAGUAGUAUGGUUUAUUGGUUAUCAACGUUAUUGGUUUGGGUUUGUGCUGAAAUAUUUUUCUGGAAUCCAAGUCCCGCGCAUUGUAAGUACAGUUUUGAGUUAAAGUACUUCUCGGUUUAAGGAAAGAAUCCUGCUCGAUGUUUUUUUACGUUUCAAAAAAUAUAGACCUCUUACAGUAUCCAGAAAAUUUAAAUGUGUUAUUGUGUAAAUCCAAGAAUAGAAAUAAAAGUCGAUUGGGUCGAUCAGUACGGUGGUUUACUCUCGGAAAAAAAAACAAUCAUGGUAGCUGGUAUAAUGUAAUCCACGAACGUCAAGAUUUCGGGGAAAGCGGAAAAUAUUAUACUGUAUAAUAGAAACAUCAAGAGCCUAGCCGAGCUUUGUCUAAUGUUUACGAGAAACCGCGGUCUCAACUCAGCGGCGAACUGACUCAAUGAGGGACUGGACCGUGAACGUGAUUUUGAAUCUCAUCGUAAGAUAAGAUCGUCCUCUAAGAUCCCGGCUCUGAACUGACGGGUGCGGACUGAUACAACUUUUGAAGACUGAACUAGGGGAGAAAGAAGUUUGUUCGUAGCUGGCUGAUCUGCACAUUCGGUUUAGUGUGCGGCCUCAGUUCUGUGCGACGAGAGCUUCCUCUGAAUUGAGUUUGAUUCCCAGUGGGACCUCAGAUCCUUGUUCCGAUAUCUUUCGUCUCCUUGUAGCCAAAAGUAGCUUUAUGAAUACCCGUAAAACAGAGCCGCGCUGAUGGAUAGAAGGGUGGCGCGGGGGGGAUUAAAAGCCCAUCGUCGUCCUCAGGUUUGUCAGUUUAAGUAAGUAAGGACCUUUACUUUCACCCUGUUUUUAUUGGUUUUUUCCUUCGUUGUGACUUAUUCAUGUACUUUAAGUAAUAAUAGGCCCUUUGUAGCUAGCCAUUCAUGCGGUACAAAACCUCCGUGCUGGAGAACAAAAGUCGCACUGGGACAAGACAUACAAAGAAAAUUACCAUUUCAAAUUAUGUAUGUCUUUUGUUUGUCUUGUCCCUGUGAGACUUUUGCUCUCCAGCGUGGCGGUUUCUUACCACGUGAAUGGCUAGCUGCAAAGGGCCUAUUUAAUUUUUAAAAAAAGUCUUAAAGCGACAACCUGAUUUUUAUGACUGUGCGUACUUCAUCUUUUUUUCGUUUCGCAGGUUAUGAUGAACUUGCCAGUGCUGUUACUACGGAAUGUUCUGCCAGCAAUUUGACCAUUCAUUUGAUUACUACUCUUCUUCCAAAUUUUGAUCAUACCAAUUUUCAUCUAAAUAACGAGACUUGUAAAGGAAAUCAGUUCAAUGAUACGCAUAUCAUUUUUUAUACUAGACUGAAUGAAUGCGGCACAUUUAUACAAACUUACAAUGACUCGGUGACUUAUAUCAAUUUUUUGCAAGGAUACUACAAGGAAAAGAGUAAUCAUUCUGAAAAGAUCCCUGCAAAGUUGGAAGUGAAGUGUAAGAUACGACGCCAACAUUUUCCACAGGAGAACGUUAGCAAAUCACUCUCCAUACCGAAAGCUUCUAUGAAACCUCGAAAUUCGGUGAACGCGUCUUCGCUUCCUUUUGUAACAAAAAUUCAUUCAUCGGGGCAACCGACGACAAAGCCUUCAUUGAAAACGGAGAUUGAAUUUUCAGUUAAGCCGACAGCAAAAAUGGCAUCGGAGAUUUCAGUUGAAAAAGAAAAGACAUCGCCUUCGCCUUUAAAACUGGAAGGAAAAAAGUCAGCGAAACAGGAAAACAUACCAUUGGCCGAACCAUUGGUACAAUCAUUGGCACAAACACUAGCACAAGAGAAAGGUAAAAUACUAAAAAGCCGUAUGGGUGAUGGUAUUGAUGUAGUGUCAUACUCUUGCUUAAUUAAAUUGAUGCAACCUAUGCAUACUGCUUGAAGAUAUUGUCUCUUGCAUGAGUCCACUCCAUGCCUUUUUGUCUUGGAAAGCGAUGCUAAAUGAGGACGAAAAGUCAAACCAAUCCAAGUAAGGAUUAACUUAAAGUAGGGGCUUGUAUCUUUAAUCCAGCUGAUCACAAUGUCUGUUUUUAUUUUUUCCUUUUCUUUUUCUUAGUAAAAAAGGACUUAAAUUCUGAUGCACCCAUAACAUUCAAGGCUCGCUUUAACACUCUGCAAAGUUUUAAGGCUGGAGAAAGUAUCCGAUAUACCGCUCAGUUAUUUGCAGAAAACCAGACGCAGUACUAUCUUUCUAUAGACCAGUGCUCUGUAUUACUUGAAGAGAAAGGAGCAAAGACGAGGAACAUUUCUUUUAUAGAAGACGGGUAAGAGCCUUCAUAGGGUGUUGCGGGCAGCCAUGACAAGUGAUCCGGCUUCCUUGAUGCAGACUAUCUAUGGAGCUUGACAAUAAAAAGUUUCAGAAUACUGACAGCAAUUUUCAACUUUUCACCGAAACUCUCUUUUCCAUGAAUUAGCUCAUUUGGUCAAUUUGAUUUUUUUAUGUCAUUUGAGAGUGGAAACUUAAUAAACUCAUCAUUAAUAUUCGUGAAACUUUUUUUGUUGUUGUUGACAGUUGAUCAGUUCAAUAGAUUUGUAGUGUUACUUCUUUCAUACAAGACAAAGCUCCCUACAAGAGGAGUAGCAUUCCGCUUUAUAUUUUUGGAUUGCAGGAUACUUGUGCAAUAUGCCGGCUUAAAUCUAUCUUCCUAUUUUAUCCGGUACACCUAAGAGAAAACGUGUCAAAGUAAAAGACUGCUUGUUACUGAAUGACUGAGUCUCCACAAAUGAAGACAAAGAAAAAAUCUUCAAAACAGUUUCUUGAGAGCAUUCAUUUGUAGUUUUACUUCACGUUGUAUGUGUUGCUGUUGUUACUUUACUUCAAAUUAUAUUUUAGACAAUAUAACACGAUCAUAAUCUUAAGUUCAAUUUAAUUUACAUGUUUUAUUUUCAGAUGUGAGACAAGACCAGCUUUAGUGAACUUUAUUUUCCAGCCUGUUUCCUGGUCGCAGACAUUCAACCUUAAAGUUCCUGGUCAUUCCAGAUUAAAAAAUACAAAGUCGUUGAUUGUCACCUGCAAAUUCCUACUUUGUUCGAAAAAAGACCCUCUUUCAUUGUGUGUGACUGGUUGCAGAGGAUUCAAGAGAAAAGAGCUUAAAGGAUCUGAACCAGCGGCGGACAAACUCAUGUUUUUCCUGCAUGUGGGACCGUUACCUAUCAUCACUAACGAGCAAAACGGUGAGGACGAAAAACUGACAUUGGGUUAA